AUGAGUGUGAAUACACGAAAGUUCUUAGAGGAGGUCCUGGCAGAUUUAAUCGGAAGUGACAAGCCGAAAUGUGUGUUAAGAUCACCCAGGCUCUGGAGUAGAGAGAAGGGCUCUGCACCCACGUGCCCACUUACGGCCGGGGGGCGGGGCUUCUUCCUGCCUUUUAUUGCCUCGGGGGUGGGCGGGCCCCGGGCUGGAGGCUCCGCCCCUCGGACUGCACUUGUGAACACUGCCCUCGUCGCCGGCAAGUUCAGCCAAUCGGAGGCCGCCUUGGAGGGCCCGCCUCUCCCCUCGCCUCGGGCGCAGCCUCCAGAAGAGCCUGGAGGCGUGGGGUCAGGGGGCAGGUUCCGGGGAGACCCCGGAGGGCGGCCACCUGCUUCCGCUCCUCCUGCUCCCUGCAGGGUCGGCGGUGGACGCGAGGCCCAGAGAAGGGGGUGCAUUCGGUUCCCCGGGGGCUUCGGGGGUUCGAGACGCUGGAAGGCGGCUCCGCUCGCUCUCUGGCUCCCGAGGCCCCCGGAACCCGUUCCUCCACCGGCGACCCCAUCCUGGGACACCGCCCCCUCCCUCCUUCCCUCACACCCCUCGUCCCGGGUCACCAGCCCCGACCCUGGACACCUGACCCCCACCCUGGGACACCAGCCCUCCGGGACACCGGCCCCCUGCCCAUCCCCACUCCCUGACACUGCCCCCCCUGGGAUACCGUCCUCUACCCCCGGACACUGGACCCCCACCCUGGCGUACUGGGUCCCCUUCCUCACCCCGCCCCGGACACCAUCCCUCCCCACCACCCUUUCCUGCCCAGGCACCGUUCCCCCAUGGUGGGACACCGAAUCCCCACCCUGGGGCACGGGGUACUUCGGGGACACGGCCCCUCAACCCCCGCCCACACAGUUGCCCCCUCCCUGCCCCACCCCCAAUGCCAGCCCCCAGAACACCAUCCCCCCCACCCUGGACACGUCCCCCGGGAUACCAGCUUCCCACCCCAGAACCAAGGUCCCCUGGGACACUGUCCCCCGUCUCCCACACCAUCUCCUGGACACUAUCCCCAACUGUCCCCACCCCCAGGAUAUUGUCCCCAGCUCCAACACCAGCAACCUCCCCCCCCCCCCCACUCCAGCUCUCUCUCUCUCUCUCUCUCUCUCUCACACACACACACACACACACACACACACACACUGCCCCCGACACACACCGGACCACAGGCACCCCCUCCGUCUCCCCAGCCCCACCGUGCAGGGACCUGCCUUCCGGGACCCUAUAUGCCCCUUGCGUCGCCUUGGAUCACAGCCCCCAGGACAGUGGACAACGCUGUCUUUACAUGUAUUUUUAAUUUUUUUUCCGCCAGUUUAUUUCUGUGAGCCCGUUGCGUGUCCCCCAGACAGGAUGGUCUGACUGGGGAGAUAAGGCCGUGAACAGAUAGUAAACGUGGGGUCAGCAGUUAGCAGGAAAUGCUUGCAGGAGUCAGAAGGGACAGUGGUCACUCAUUUGCACCACAGGCCGUUGAAAGUUGAGAGCGUCACAGCCAGCUUUACUUUUCCAACGCUUAUCAUGUCCUUUGUGCCUAUUAACUAUCUUCACGACCACCUCGGUGCCACUAAUUGUCCUCUUUCUCCAGAGGAGGAAGCUGGGUGCAGAGGCGGAAGUUGCUGGAAGUCCCCCGGCUACCUCGGUGGUGGAACCUGUCCUGCCUGUUGCUCUUCCAUUUCACCUUGUGCCUCCGUGCAGGUCCGGUGCUGAGGCGUCCCCUGGUUCCCGGCCUCCGGAAACGCUCCAGGGAAGACCGCAGGCUCCCCAGGCCUGGCCCACGUCCACUGCCUUGGGCAUCUGAGAAGCUGUCUUCCGAAAACGGAGCCUCCAGGAACCCACGGACAGGAACAGGUUGGAGGCAGGUAAAUCACCUGGCAGUAGAAAGCGGGGCUUUUCCUGAACGUUCUUGUUUUCCUGGUCAUAGAGGAGCGGAGUGAGGAGACAUCACCGAGACCCCCCACGGAAACGGAAGGAACGGGAGGGGUGUGGUCCCUGCAUGAGCUCCGAGGGCUAGUGAGGGGCAGAGCCGGGAUGGAGCCCCUGGACCCCGGCUGGCUGGCCCGGUCUGCACCUGACCCCGUUUGGCUUCCGUGUGGGCCUCCAGACCGGGUUCUGAGCGCGGGAAAGAUUCCUCUCUCAACCUUGGGCUUGGAGUUCUUCCCAGAGUGAUACAUUUUGGCCAGAAAGAGUGCCACAUUCUUGGGGCUGGCUCGCCAGCGAGGCCUCACGUCACUCUUUCCACUGUCAACCCUGCGCCGGGUUCCGCAGACCGGCCACACGCGUGCUGCACAAAGGGCGGAGCCUGAUGCGGUCGCCCGGGGGGAGCCCCCAACCCCCAUCCCCGAGCCCUUGCUGCGGCCUGGAGGCCCCUCACGUGGGGUUCCCCCUCGUGUCGCUGGAUCUCUGGGGGAGGGACGCUGCCCGCCCGCGGGGGCUUCCUGGGAACCUCUAGGGCCGGCCGGGAGGGGAGGGGACCGCAGGGCCCCAGGCUUUGGGAGGAGCGAAGGCACAAGUCCCCACAGUCAGGAUUGAAGUCGGCGCAUGGCUUUAGCACCACAGCUCAUGAACGUCCGCCUGCCGGUUCCCCAGUGCGGCUACACGCUUUCCAGUGAUCACGAGUGCUCCCUGGUGGUGCUCAUUCUCCUCUGGCUUGUCGGCCUGUUUCCAGGGGCCUCUCUGUAGUGGGGUCUGCCAUGUACAGAGAAGAAUGAAUUAAACACAGAGGGUCAAGGUCCCCACGGCUGGUGGGUGUGGAGCUGUGCUGUCCACAUCCCUUCAAGGAGAGACCAGUCGUCCCGGCUCCCAGUGGGGCGGGCAGCUGCCGCCCUUCUGCACCAGCGCCUUCAGGGAUUGCUUGGGCUGCAGGGCCGCCCCGACCAAGGUCACAGCAACCGGCAGGCAGCCUGUGCCAUGGCAGGUCACAAUGGAGGGGGAAAAACCCGCAUAUGGGCCCAACGAGAGAGGUGGGCGGGGCUCCGGAGCUUUCCGGGCGGCCCCCUCCUUGUCCGUCCCAUACGUAUUGAUCCCCAAAGUCCUGUCCAGUAGGCCUCCUGAAUGAGCCCGGCCGACCCGGGGUGGCGUGGCCUUCUGCAGAGCCAGGAACCGGAAGGCACGGAAAGGAAACAGUGUUAGGACCAGCCUUGCGAGUAGCCCCUGCCGGUCUACCUUCCCAUAUUUUGAUGCUUCUGUCACGGGGCGGAGAGUUUCAUCUUGGUUGUGCCCGGGGCCUCUUCACCACAAAGAACCCCCUGCGGACGGACGGUCUCAAAAUGCAUUUCAAAGAAGAAACACCAGAACAGGGUGAAGAAACUGUAGGAGAAA